AUGACCGAGGAGACCACCGGUGUUCCAGAAACCACCGAGGCGGAGAACACGGCAAUGACCGAGGAGACCACUGGUGUUCCAGAAACCACCGAGGCGGCGAGCAUGGCAACGCCUGGGGCGGGCGGGACCACCGGUGUUCCAGAAACCACCGAGGCAGCGAACACGGCAAUGACCGAGGAGACCACCGGUGUUCCAGAAACCACCGAGGCGGAGAACACGGCAAUGACCGAGGAGACCACUGCCGAGGAGACCACUGGUGUUCCAGAAACCACCGAGGCGGCGAGCAUGGCAACGCCUGGGGCGGGCGGGACCACCGGUGUUCCAGAAACCACCGAGGCAGAGAACACGGCAAUGACCGAGGAGACCACCGGUUUUCCAGAAACCACAGAGGCGGCGAACACGGCAAUGACCGAGGAGACCACCGGUGUUCCAGAAACCACCGAUGCAGCGAACACGGCAAUGACCGAGGAGACCACCGGUGUUCCAGAAACCACCGAGGCGGAGAACACGGCAAUGACCGAGGAGACCACCGGUGCUCCAGAAACCACAGAGGCGGCGAACACGGCAAUGACCGAGGAGACCACCGGUGUUCCAGAAACCACCGAGGCGGAGAACACGGCAAUGACCGAGGAGACCACCGGUGUUCCAGAAACCACAGAGGCGGCGAACACGGCAAUGACCGAGGAGACCACCGGUGUUCCAGAAACCACAGAGGCGGCGAACACGGCAAUGACCGAGGAGACCACCGGUGUUCCAGAAACCACCGAGGCGGCGAACACGGCAAUGACCGAGGAGACCACCGGUGUUCCAGAAACCACCGAGGCGGAGAACACGGCAAUGACAGAGGAGACCACCGGUGUUCCAGAAACCACCGAGGCGGCGAACACGGCAAUGACAGAGGAGACCACCGGUGUUCCAGAAACCACCGAGGCGGCGAACACGGCAAUGACCGAGGAGACCACCGGUGUUCCAGAAACCACCGAGGCGGAGAACACGGCAAUGACCGAGGAGACCACCGGUGCUCCAGAAACCACCGAGGCGGCGAACACGGCAAUGACCGAGGAGACCACCGGUGUUCCAGAAACCACCGAGGCGGAGAACACGGCAAUGACCGAGGAGACCACCGGUGUUCCAGAAACCACAGAGGCGGCGAACACGGCAAUGACCGAGGAGACCACCGGUGUUCCAGAAACCACCGAGGCGGCGAACACGGCAAUGACCGAGGAGACCACCGGUGUUCCAGAAACCACCGAGGCGGAGAACACGGCAAUGACAGAGGAGACCACCGGUGUUCCAGAAACCACCGAGGCGGCGAACACGGCAAUGACAGAGGAGACCACCGGUGUUCCAGAAACCACCGAGGCGGCGAACACGGCAAUGACCGAGGAGACCACCGGUGUUCCAGAAACCACCGAGGCGGAGAACACGGCAAUGACCGAGGAGACCACCGGUGUUCCAGAAACCACAGAGGCGGCGAACACGGCAAUGACCGAGGAGACCACCGGUGUUCCAGAAACCACCGAUGCGGCGAACACGGCAAUGACCGAGGAGACCACCGGUGUUCCAGAAACCACCGAGGCGGAGAACACGGCAAUGACAGAGGAGACCACCGGUGUUCCAGAAACCACCGAGGCGGCGAACACGGCAAUGACCGAGGAGACCACCGGUGUUCCAGAAACCACCGAGGCGGAGAACACGGCAAUGACAGAGGAGACCACCGGUGUUCCAGAAACCACCGAGGCGGCGAACACGGCAAUGACCGAGGAGACCACCGGUGUUCCAGAAACCACCGAGGCGGAGAACACGGCAAUGACCGAGGAGACCACCGGUGUUCCAGAAACCACAGAGGCGGCGAACACGGCAAUGACCGAGGAGACCACCGGUGUUCCAGAAACCACAGAGGCGGCGAACACGGCAAUGACCGAGGAGACCACCGGUGUUCCAGAAACCACCGAUGCAGCGAACACGGCAAUGACCGAGGAGACCACCGGUGUUCCAGAAACCACCGAGGCGGAGAACACGGCAAUGACCGAGGAGACCACCGGUGUUCCAGAAACCACCGAGGCGGAGAACACGGCAAUGACCGAGGAGACCACCGGUGUUCCAGAAACCACAGAGGGGGCGAACACGGCAAUGACCGAGGAGACCACCGGUGUUCCAGAAACCACAGAGGCGGAGAACACUGCAAUGACCGAGGAGACCACCGGUGUUCCAGAAACCACAGAGGCGGCGAACACGGCAAUGACCGAGGAGACCACCGGUGUUCCAGAAACCACCGAUGCAGCUAACACGGCAAUGACCGAGGAGACCACCGGUGUUCCAGAAACCACCGAGGCGGCGAACACGGCAAUGACCGAGGAGACCACCGGUGUUCCAGAAACCACCAAGGCGGAGAACACAGCAAUGCCCGAGGAGACCACCGGUGUUCCAGAAACCACUGAGGUGGCGAGCAUGGCACCGACCACUCAUGUUCCAGGAGCCACCACCCCAGCGAGUACAGAUCAGACAUCUCCACCAACAAUUAAGCCUAUUCAUUGCCAAAACGGAGGAACGUUCACUGGAACCAUUUGCAAAUGUACCAGUGGGUUCCAUGGAGAUGUUUGUCAGUUCCUGGAGGAAAGCGUGGCGCUCGAUAAAAUUGAGCGGUUGGUGAAAAUUGGAGUGGUGAUCGACGACGACUACGACCCCAAUUACGACAACACCAGCUCAGAGGAAUACAGAGAGUUCGUGAACGAAUUCACUGAGAAGAUGAAGGCCUUUUACACAGAGAAGAAUCUCGAAAACUUUCACACAGUGGUGGUAACGACUGUUAGGCCAGUUAUUCCGCAAGGUCGGGUGAGACGUUCGGCCUCGGCAGCAGAGCAGCACAGAUUAGAUACUGACGCCACAGCUGUCCACAGAGUCACGCCAAAACCACAAGGUAUCGCCGUCAGCCACAAUGUGGUUUUACUGAUCCGAAACAACGGCGACUCUGAGAAAGAAUAUCAGGAAGAGUUGAAAGUUGUCACUCAGGCACUUCAUACACUUGCUAGCUGCAAAACAGGCUGUGUCUACAACGUGACACAGACACCGUCUGUGGUUGAGACUACCGUGAAUUUGAACACCCUUUGCGGGUCACUGGUGAAGGAUCCCGACCUGGCUGUGCACUACAAGGCUGUGACCUUCGACCAUAUCCUGGUGUGCGUCACACGAUGCGACUCUCGCUACGGCUCCGACUGGGUCAGGUGCUACAACGAUGGCGCGUGCAAAGUUUUCAAGGAUGUCGGCGCCAUUUGCAACUGUAGAGCUUUGGAAGCCACUUGGUAUUUGGGCAGUAACUGCAGGCAGCCCAUCCGGCGCACGGCCUUCUACGCCGGUUUGGUGGUCACUCUGGUUUGCCUCCUGGCUGCGCUGGCAGGCUUGACCGCAUAUGUCACCGUCAACAAGAAAGAGCAAAUGAGGAAAAAAGACAUGAAAACGAAGCUGGUUAACAAUUGGCUCAACGACGAAUUUGAGUGGUCCCGAUCCGACAAACUCUCGACAGGCACGUUCAAUGCUGGACACCUGAACCCGUCGUUCCCCUACCAAGCGUCGCUGCGGACGCCUCCGACACGCCAACACGCGGAUUACAGACAGUCCGGCCGGUCCAGCCCAGCUGUGAGCAUGUGCAGGCUGGACGACGCCUCGCUUCACCGCGACGGAUUACCUCCCGAGCACGAUCAAGCGAUGAGGAUCCACAGGCCGCAGAUCAGGUCAUCGUGGGACGCCUGAGCGCCGCCGCCGCCGUCGUUUCAGAAUUAAGCGCUUCGACGAGCCGUCGGCAACAAGGCACGAACAUCACUUUUCUUCCAGGCACUGGAUUAGUGAUGGAAGCUAAUUUAUUGAAUCACUUUUCCAAUGCGUAAUGAAUUACUUUGUCUGUAAAAGCACUGAUUUGCCAUUCAAGCAGUCGUAAAGUAUGUGAUCCUUGCUCUGUA